GGGACUGCCGAGGGGCUGGGAAGGAAGAGGAAGGGCUGUCGGGGCUGAGAAAGAAGAAGAAGAAGGGCUUUUGGCUGGGUGGAGGGAAGAAGAAGGGCUGUCAGGUGGCUGGGUAGGUGAUUUAGGGCUGCCGGAAACAGAAGGGUUUGGCUCUGAUACCAAGAAAAAGAAUAUAAUUGAAUGGCUUAAUUACAAUGUAUGAUUAGCUUUGUAUAUAUAUAUACUGAAUUGAGGAGAUUACAAUUUAGGAAGGUAGAAUAACAAUAAAAUCAAAUAUAAGAGAAUAUGCUUAAAAUCCUGUAAUCACAUAAUAAAUAAGAUUCACACAAUAUAUGGGAAUCCCAUAUUCCAACAAUACACUGAUUAAAUAACUUACUUCCUCAUGAAAUUUCCUGAAUAUAUACAAUGUUUUAUCUAAUUAUGGAUUAAAGCAGUCUAUAGAAUUUGGGGUAAAGCAUUAUUUAAAUGUGUGCUUUCACGGUUGUACCAUUAAAUAAACUGACCAUUUUCUUCAAAUGGAAGACUUGACAGUCCAACAAGCAGGCCACUCCAAUCACAAGAAAAGGGACAUAAUCGUACUGACCUUGAUAUUAUUCAUUGGAAUGCUUCUGUUGGGUCUGUGCAUAAUGCUCUAUGUCCGGAAAAGGAAGAAGAAGAAUUUACAGCUGCACACAGAAGGAAACCUAGCACAUAACUCCAAACAAAGUUACACUAACCAAAUUGAGAAGGAAGAUCUAGAGUUGCCCUUGUUUGACUUUGCUACAAUAGCUAAUUCUACAAAUCAAUUUUCAAUCGACAAUAAGCUUGGAGAGGGUGGAUUUGGACCU